UCUAUGGUCAGACUUGACAUGUUUGAAUUGUUUUGUUUUAACGACGUGUUUUAAUGUAAACUAUUUUACUCAAAUGUUAUGUUUGGCUCAAUUUCACAAAUUGCACAAAAAUGAUUAAAUACGAAUACGCAAAACGCAUCAAAGCGAUGAUCAAUCGCGAAAUCGGAUUAGAGCGCCGUGAGCUCGCACUAUGCAAAUUAGGUUCUAAGUAUCACGAGCAACUAGAAAAGUGCGAAAUUCGUUACGCCGAACAAAGUAUGGAGUACUACCGAAUCAAUAAAAAGAUGCAAGAGCUACGUAUGAAUAAUGAGCGAAUCAAUAAAAAGGUGCAAGAGCUACGUAUGAAUAAUGAGCAGCUGGAAGUGAGGAUGCGAAAUGUCCGAGCACGUAUGUUGGAAGUUGAAGCUUCUGCGCAACGGCGCUUGACUGAAACAGUAACCAAUCGUCUUCAGCUAAUAAAUCAGUUAGAUGAGAUACAUUCUUUGAAAUUAGCCACCAAUACAUAUAUCAACUUGAGUGCUCUUCCCGAACGAAUACAAGGGGUAUCAGUGCAAGAGACAGCAGAUAGUAGCAGUUGGCGUCCGUUCUGCGUUGAGGCGCUUAGUCAUACACCAGAAGAACUACAACAUAUUAUAUGGGGCAAUUCAGAAAAUGCGGCAGCCUAUAGUAAAAGAUGGGAGGAGCUGGUAUUUCGUUCGGUGCGUGAACUGAUGCGAAAUAUGACUAAGGGCAGCUAGUUUUUAAUAAUUUUAGUUAUAUAAUAUUUAUGUUUAAGUUUUUUAUAUUACGAGUAUAUUUAGUUUGUUUUCUCAUAUGAUGAUCCUAAGUAUUUAAUGUAGUAAAACAAAUUUCAACUAAUUAAAUGAUUUUAUUCGGGAAUAAACGCGGUACAAAACUGCGCAAUCGAA